CCCCGCCCUCCGCCGCCUUUCUGUCUCCUCUCUCCCUCCGUACUGGACCGCGGUCCGUUUCCGGGCCCCGGGGAUUUGGCGUGAGCCGCCCGGGGCGCGAGCAGGUGGCUGCGGUCGCGCUGGGUGGAGCGCCCGCCGACACUUGGUCGGCCUAGGAGGCCCGCCAUGGCCGAAGUGAGCAUAGACCAGUCCAAGCUGCCCGGCGUGAAGGAAGUGUGCCGAGAUUUUGCUGUCCUGGAGGACCACACCUUGGCUCACAGCCUGCAGGAACAAGAGAUUGAACACCAUUUGGCAUCAAACAUUCAGCGGAGCCGUUUGGUCCAACGUGAUCUCCAGGUGGCUAAGCAGCUCCAGGAAGAAGAUCUGAAAGCCCAAGCUCAGCUCCAGAAGCGCUACAAAGAUCUUGAACAACAAGAUUGUGAAAUUGCUCAGGAAAUUCAGGAGAAGCUGGCUAUUGAGGCAGAAAGACGACGCAUUCAGGAGAAGAAGGAUGAGGACAUAGCCCGGCUUUUGCAAGAAAAGGAGUUACAAGAAGAGAAAAAGAGAAAGAAGCACAUUCCGGAGUUCUCUGGAGGCAAUGUUUACGGAGAUAAUCACUGCUAUGAAGAUGGAGACCAGCCAAGGUCAAGGAGGGCCAGGGAAUUGGGUUCUGAAUACUCAAGGUCUUGUAGACUCCAAAGUAAUGAGAAGACUGUGGAACAGAGGAAGAUGAAACCAAGUCAUACAGAGGAAAGCUUGGGAGAGUUGGAAGAACACUGUUCACCAGAGAGAUCCCUGUCUGCCUCUAGCUGGGGCAAAGGGAGCAGUGAUGCCCAAAGUGCCAGUGAGCAGCACAAAAGGAAACUGCCUGAUCAAGAGCGGCUCCGGAAGCCUUCCCUUCCGAAGAUAAAUGGUGAGGUGUUUCUCAGCACCGAGUCUAAUGACUGGGAAGCUAACAGUUGCCAUCGAACUCGGAAUUGGGAAAAACAGCCCCAACACCAAGACCAGUUUUCACCCAAGUCCUCAAAGAAAACAGAGCUUCCCCAUAAGGAAACUGUGUAUGGGAGGGACCAUGGGCAAGGUGAGCGCAAAGAAAGGAGACGUAGGCCUAGGACUCCUCCCUUCUCAAAGAAUGAAGAACUGUACCACCGCCAUGACACAGGAACGAAACCAAGAGGAAUGAAAGAAGCUGUCUCCACUCCACCUCGAGUGACCCACAGGGGUCAGGAGUGGUAUGAUGCCGAAAUUGCUCGAAAACUGCAAGAAGAAGAACUUAUGGCUACUCAUGUGGACAUGCGAGCAGCUCAAGUAGCCCAGGAUGAGGAAAUUGCUCGACUUCUAAUGGCUGAAGAAAAGAAAGCAUACAAGAAAGCCAAAGAACGAGAAAAGUCAUCUUUGGAUAAAAGAAAGCAUGACCCUGAGUGGAAGUCAAAAGCAGCUAAGUCAACACAUUCAAAAUCAAAAGAGAGUGAUGAUGGUCACCGUUCUAAGAUUGACAGGCCAUCAAGGCCACCACCACCUACAAUGACGGAAGCUGAAGACCUGGAUUACAACCAUUUUACAGACCAGCAUUGUGCCCCGCGCCACUUCUUAAAGUCAGAGUCUUCUCAUAAAGGUUUCCAUAAAAAGCAGUAGAAGUUUAAGACUCUGCCUUGAAAAUGGACUUGCUGUAGCAAAUGUUACUGACUAAUACAAAAUACAUUCCGUGUUUGUCCUUGUACUCCUAUGUUGUCAUUCCAUGGAUUUAUUCUCAAGUGUUUUUCUAACCAUAAAAAAUUUCACUGUGUUUCAAAUGUUUUGGUUAUUGCUGAUCACUUGGGCAGUGUAAGAAAAUAUAGCUUCUGAAUACUGGGUAGCACUACUUUGAACCUGAGCCCGAGAUGGAGUAUGUAAGAGCUCUCUGAAGUGCUGCUCUAGAUUUCCAGGGCCCAGGGGUUAUUUAGCCAUUAUAAAUGUAUAAGGAUGAAUUAUAAAAUAAAACAUAACAUUCGGAUGCAAUGCAGAAUCAAAGAAUAUAAGAAAUAAGAAAUAACUUUUUUGGUGUAUUAGUAUGUUGUUUUGAAGGACAGAGCCUUUGGUUUUUAUUCUCUUUAGGAAAAGAAAAAAACAUAAAAUAUUAAAAGAAGAAAUCCUUGGAGCAGUUGAAGUAUGUUAUUCUGAAUACAUGGAUUUGGUAGAGGUUUUGCAUAUCCUUAUAAGCCUUCCUGGGAAAAUUGUCCUAGAUACCAUUCUUUAACACCUAGCGUGCUGUUGAUUCCCCUGCAGCAAGACUUUCUGAAGCUCCAGGGCAGUGUAUCAUUUCUUCAUAAACACUUUAUUCUUGGAUAUUUUCACUCAGGUAGGUCCAUGCAGUCCAUUGAAAAUUAAAGAAGAAAAAAAAACUUUUGUCCUUUGUUUUAUAUUUACUUGCAGAGCCAAAGGAAUAAUAGUUUUUCAUUUUUUUUUUUUUUUUCAUAAGAGAUGGUGCCAUUACUCCUGCUGACUGUAGAUCAAGCCUCUUGCCUAAAGGGCAGAGCAGCAUUUGUUGGCAGCUCUCAGUAAUAUUUGGUGUCCCCCAUCAGUAAUUAGACUAAUGCAGGCUGAAGUUAACUUUGGUGGGCUUUGGUGAUUAUCACCUGUGAACCGUUGCUCUGUUCCUUUGUAUGAUUCCUUUAAGCCCCUCCCUUCAAACCUUUCAUCUAGCUGCUAAGUAGUGGAAAUGUUUAUCUACCCUUUCUGCUUAGUUAAUCCAAAUGGCAACUGAGCUGUGCAUAGAAAACGUUCCUUCAGAUUAACUUGCUGUUCUUUUUCAUUGUAUGAAUCUGUGGUAUUUCAGUAUGCUAUUCGUUUUGAAAAGAAGUGAUAGGUGACUGGAGAGAAAGUUUUUAGUGAGUUCUCCCCCCCCCGACCCCCACCCCCCACUGGGAGCUGCCUUCUGUUUGCCUUGCAUUUCCAGACUGUCUUAACAUAUUCAGGGAAGCUCCUUUGAACAGAUUCCAGAAUGAAUUUGGAUCUAAUUUUGAAAAAGAUCUUUGCUUUCAUAAAGUUUUUUAUGUCAUAAGGACUUGAGUAAAAAGCAACUAAGAAGAGUUAAAUUUUGGGAAAAUGGCCAUCUGGAAAUACAACUUCAAGAGGUAUAGUCAUUUUGGGAAAAUAAAGAAAAGGAAAAAUAACACAUGAAUAUUGAUUAUGAAAUAAGUAUAGAAAAGUCUUCAUUUAGGAAAGGAGAGAUAAAAUGAAAAUUCUGACCUCAAGUCAAAUUUCACCUAGUGGUUUCAGUAUUCAAAAUUUAGUCUUGUUGAUUUAUAGUAAUGCUAUAUCUUUCUUUAUCUGCCCUGUGAUUUUUAUUUCAUGUUUUAGAAAAUAUUUUGUAAUGUUAACUUUAAAGAAAAAAUACAAUAGUAUUUUUAUUUGAUAAUUAGGCAAAAUAAGCAACAUAAUUUGCCAUAUUUUUAUUUUACAAAUGUUUAUUUUUCUAUUUCAUGGAAGAAUCACUUUUACUUUAAAAACCUGCAUUUCUUUUCCCUUAAUGAACUUCAUUUAGCCAUAUUUAUUGUAGAACAGACAUACUUCAAUUUAAAGACUACAGACCACCUAACCAGAGUGCUAGUGUUCCAACUGCCCUAGUGUCCCACCCGUCCUAGUGUCCUACCCGUCCUAGUGACCCACCACUUGUCUUCGUGUCCCAGCUGUCCUAGUGUCCCACCCAUCGUAGUGUCCCACCCAUCGUAGUGUCCCACCCAUCCUAGUGUCCCACCCGUCUUAGUGUCCCACUCGUCUCAUUGUCCCAUCCGUCCUAGUGUCCCAGCUUUCCUAGUGUCCCACCACCUGUCCUGGUGUCCCACCCGUCCUAGUGGACGGCCAAAGGUAGCACUGCUUUUCUGAUAGCCAGUUCAGCAUCAGUAUUGAAAACUUGUUACUUUUUUUUAAGUUUUUAAGAGUAGAAUUUUAAAAUAUUGUUUAUUUUAUUCUUUUUGUAAGGUGAACACUUUUUUAAGAGUGUCAAUUAUUUACUUGCAAAUAAGAAGAUAGAAAUCUAAUGUUUUUCAUUAAAUUCUCUCACUCAAAUAAUGUAUCUUUGAGGUGAUAGAAGCAACUAGCAACUCUUAAUGGACUGCCACUUUUCACUGUGCUUUCUGCUUUUUUACUUUGUCAAUUUUAUAUGAGCACGAAAGCAUUGAUCUGUUCCUGUUAGAGUUGCUGGAGCACAUGCAGUUUAGUUAUUAGAGCCACAGUGUAUUAUGCAUUACUACUAUGAUAUAAACUGAUUCCUCUGGCCUUGGAAAAUCAGUUUUUAAAUCUCUUUUCUCUGGAGGCCAACCUCUGUUAGCACCAGUAUUGCUGAAUGAGCACAAUGUGUUAAGGGGCCAUUCUUAAGGCUACUUGACAUUACACUGUCUCUUCCCCUGCCUCAUGUUUUGUAACUAUUGCCCAGAUCAGUCAGUUUAUAUAUUCUCACUUGAAAGAAAAUUGAUUCUAAUGUUCAAGCCACUGUUAGACAUUUUAUUUUAUUAGGAGAGUAUGUCGCUAUUUCAUUUGCUGUAAAAGAAUAUUGAAAUUUUUUGAAAGUGACUCUGCAUGCCAUUGAAAUACUUACGUCUCAGUUGACUUUGACAGAUGGCAGCAUACUUAUGAACUGCAGAACAAAGCAAAACCAAAAUUAGAAAGAUAGGAAUAGAAGUUCCCAAGAAGAAAACCUUUUCACAGGUGCAGUGGCCUUUUGGAUCUUGGUCACAAUCUAAAAUGUGUGACCUUGGACCUUGUGUCCCACUGAACUUAUUCUAGAAAACUCUGAAUCGUGUCUAUGCCUGUCUUGCUCUUCCAAGCAACUAGAUGAUGCCUACAGUCACUGCUGACAGUUCUUCAUUCCUUUCACAGUCAGAACAUGUCAGUAUGAAAAGAUUUCUUUUACCUGAUACUUUUCUUUAAUACUGUCAUAUCUUUCUAAAUUUUUUGCGCCAAAUUGGGAAACCUGCUAUAAUAUGGUGCAUUCAGUUUACCACAGAAGUAGUUAACAUUUUACAGCCUUGAUUUUUAACAAGGCUUGCCUUUAUAUGAUAUUCACUUUGGGAAACAUGAAUAUGUGUUAUUCUUUGUUUCUUUUCUUAAAAAAUAACUGUUGAUUGGCUGAGAUCAUCAGCCUAAUGAAGCAAUGAGACACCUGUGUAAGGAAGUAUAAGGCCUGAGAACAGCAUAGAGUUUCCAAUAAAAGCCCUCUUCCCUUUGGAGAGAACAGUGUUUGUGUAGGGAGCAUUAACAUGGAAGGGGAACGCUGUCCAUGUAGCUUUCUCUCUCUGUGCUCUGCCUAUUCUCAUAGCAUAGGCUGUUUAAAACAAUCAUUUAAAAAAAAAUCAAAACCUAAUCUUUCAGCAAAAAGAUUUUUGAAGUAUAUGCUAUAUCUAUUACACGCUGCUCACAGAGAAGUGAUUAGAGAGUUACCCCGUUCUCUCUUCCUAUCUGUUGGUGCCUGUGAGUUUUAGAGCCAUAGCUCCAUAUCUUAUUCGUGACAGGAUGCUUAUUUCUUCAUAUCCUGUGGUACACAAUGUAGGCAGAGAGAAGCUUCUUCUGGAGUGUUCUGUUAAUGCUGCAUGGAACACAGUAUCAUUCAAAUUCUUGAUGGAAGGUUCUUUUCUGUUUUAAAACCCAUGAUGUUAUGUAAGACUGUUAAAAGGAAGAACCAGAGGGUGGUGGUGUUCUUGGUAUAUAAUUAAUCAAAAAUGCUCAAAUUUAAUUGUAGAGAAUCCAAGAAGGCAAGAAGAAACUGGGAACACAUCAGUAGUCAAGUCAUUUUCUGAUGAUCCCUGCACUUUAUGCCAGUAAUGUCUGUGAAGAUCAAGUUUGCCUUAAGUUAGUCUGACUCCAACUGAGGCCAUUGUACCCAGUGUCUGUGAGUGACUGUCAGUUCUCUCUUAGUGUAAAAUUCAUUGAAGAUCCUCAAGCAUCUUUGUCAUCUGGAGCUUUGGACUUCUCCCACUGUGCUGUGGAAAGGAGAGAAUUCCCUAGAGUCCUCACAACAGAUGAUCACACUUUAAACACUUGAUAGUUUACUGUUCUUUCUGAUGGUGACUGUGUAGAAGGAAUUUCUAACAAUUCUUUUGUUCAGUGAAGACAUUCAAAUUAUUUCCAAAAAUUUUGUGAAUACCAUUAUGUAUUGAAAUGUUCAUUUGCCAUUAACAAAUAUGGGGAAAAAAAUCAAGCAAAAUGAGACAUUAACUUGAAACAGGCAGUUUUCUGAUGCAAAGAGUAUUCUGAUUUACUACUUUUAAAAGAGAAUGAAUUUUGUUAUGGCAGAGAAGAUAGAAGAGUAGCUCCUAAAGUCUGUAUUUGAUUCCAUAAACUAAGAGUCAUGUAAGGAAUCAUUUCAAUCCGUGGAAGUAUUUGGCCUUAAAAGCCAUUCUCUUUCCCUUAUGUAAAUCUGAACACUGCCUGCUAACAUGUUCCUUAUAGAUUUAAUAUCCCUUUCUGUGUUCACAGCAAAAUGGAAAGUAUUUUUCUCUUUCGUAGUAGCUUUUCAUCUGUGCUUUCUCCAGCCGUUUCAAUUGGGGCUGAGUUAAUCAUGUAACUUCUUGCCCCGUUGUUGAUUGGUGAAUUCAAAUAUGAAGAGGAGGAAAGCUGAAUGGUUUGAGUGACAUUUCCUCAAAAACCCAGCAAUAUCGAAAGCAGUGACAGGAAGGCACUAUGACAAAUGGUACUUUGGACAUAGUCUGCUGUACUCAAUUCUUACCAUAAUUGUGGAAACUGAGGCUAAGAAUUUGCUGAGAGUUUUUGGUAUCAGAAUUUUUGUACUACUUAAAUUUUCUGUGAAGUCUCCAUAGGCAGUAGCUUCAGUCCUUGCUGUAAACUGGAAGUCAGAUGCCCUUCCUGACAAAUACAUGCAUUGUCCACCUUUCUCUUAACAGACAAACAAAAUUCGUUUCAUGACAUAAUGUAAAUAAUUAGAAAAUGCAAUGGGGGAAAUAGCAUAUAAAAGUGAUGUACCAAAAUGGCAAUUCUCUGUGAUCUCCUGAGAAGAACAUACCCGAAAAAACAUAUUUUGAAAAGGUGCUGAAAAAAAGGACAAGAAUUUGUCACAGAAAUCAAGUGUCUCAGGAUAUUCGAAGUGAUAUGGUCAUUUGUCUUAUAAUGGGAAAAGUAAUCUCUUGACAGUGAGACCACACAGGGUCCACGCACUUCAUCUGGUAAGAGCCCCUUAGAUGUUUGUAAUGUGGAUAUGCUUAUAAAUCAUGUGAGAUGAUACCUCAAGUGCUAAUCAGUUUAUAUUUUAAAAAAGCAGCUAUGAAAUAGGUAUUCCAUAGAUAUGAACAGAGCCUUGAUAGAAUAUAGUGUCUUGUCUGAGAGCAGAAAACAGGCCACCUCAAACCACAUGCCUGUCUAGAGAUUAAAUAAAACUAACUGUAAGGGACACUGUGUGAAUGCCUUAAAGUGACUGGUGGUGGUACCGGUGGCUAUGUAUAUGCCCAUCUGAAUUAGGCUGACAUAAACAGUCUUUUUCAGUUUAUUUUCAUACAGCCCAAAUGGUUCUUGCCCAUAACCUCACUGAAGACGAGAACAUGGUGCUGGUUACUUUCAUGAGUCUGGGGAGGUGGGUGGUCAACAUAAGGCACUCUCCAGUGCUCAAGCCUUUCUUUAAUGCCACUUGUACAUCCACAUAAUUCAUCUAUGCAAGCUUAUGUUUUCAUAGUUUCUAUUUUACACUGUUUGAUCCCAUUUGUUUCUUCAAACAUCAGGUUUAACAUUGAUGUUAUGAAUAAUUUUUAAACCAAAGCAUUGUAUGAGUAAGUCUGUGUGCUUUGUUUUCCAUGGUUUGAAGUAAAUACCUAUCUGGACUUCUCUUAAUAAAGUCAUCCAUUUGUUAGUCA